AUGUCUUUAGAUAAUUAUGAAGAUAUAGACAACAUGGAAAUGUCUUUAGAAGAAUUCGGUUCACCUUCUACAACGGCAAACCCUCCAUCUUCUGUUUCCAACGCCAAAAAAGCUAAUAGUGCCAAGGUUAAACAGUUUUCAGUAAUAUACCCAUGUUAUUUUGAUAAAAAUAGAUCGUUAAAACAAGGAAGAAGAGUUCCAUUGGAGCUUUCAAUAGAAAAUCCAUUGGCACAAAGCAUAGCAGAAGUAUGUCUACAAUUACGUUAUGAAAUAUUAUUUAAUCCUAAAAAACAGCAUCCACAGGACUGGGGUAAUUCUGGUUGUGUGUUAAUAAAUAAUAUUGCCAAGAAAGAAAGUAAAAAGCAAAUAUUUGCUAAAAUUGGUUUAAAGUUGACCCAAAUGGAACCUACUUCUCUAGAAACUAUUAAAAUACACCAUAAGUACGCAUAUGGAAAUUCUCAAGGUAUACCUGAAAUUGAUGCUAAAAAAUUGCCAAAAACAAAAUGGAGUACACAUGAUAUAGUUCCUAUUGAUAGUGUAUUGACUUUAGCUGGCAAUCCAAUGACUAAAGACAUUUAUACUGCUAAAGAUCCAUCGGCAGGAACAGUUUCAGAAAAUCCAAAAGCAAUUGAAAACGGGUUAAGCAAAAAUAUGCAAAAGAAAUUAAAGAAAAAUAAAUAUAAAUUAGUCAGAAGAUAG